CUUAUAACGUGGCUGUACGCUAAAAUUUAACUAAAAAGAUUAGGAAUGUACUUCAUAGAAAUCGCACAUAAGCUGUAAAUAUAUAACCCGCUGCUAAUAACGAUAUAAAUAUAUAUACCCUUAUGCCAAAAAACUCUAUGUUAGCAUAUACAUAUAGGUAUCGCUACAUAUGAAACGGUAUUAGAUAUUCACAAAGCAUACGGACUGUUAAAUGAAGUUCCUAGCAUAAAACGGAAAUUGUGUUUACGAAAAAGAUGGCUGUUCUUUUUGAGUAUUCUCUACUCUUUCAUUCAAAAUAAAUCUUUAAAAAAACAUUUGAAGAAGAGCAUGGUUUUAUAAAUUAAUCAUAGCAAGAUCCAUAUGUUGGAAGCCGGAUGUGGGACAGGAAAUUACAGCCUUGCUCUCCUUCAAAAUGGAAUUGGAAAGUUGACCUUAUUGGAUGCAAGUGAGGGAAUGCUUGCAAAAGCGAAAUCAAAACUUUCCAAGCAUGAAGACAGAUUAAUAGAGGUAAAACAACACGCUCUGCCUGAGAUUCCAUUUGCUGAUGGAACAUUUGAUGCUUGUACCUUUAUACAAGUAUUGCAUCAUCUUGAUACUGUCAGAAAGGAGGAGGAAGUUUCGAAUCACAUCAAUUUGAAAAAGGCUCUCGUGGAAGCACACCGAGUGCUUAAGUCAGGUGGUGUUCUAUUAAUUGACUCCUAUUUCCGAGAAAAUCUGAAUGGAUUUUGUACGGGUUUAGCGCCUAAGACAAAUGCCUACUUAAAGAAAUUGUACAUAGAUGAAGAAAUGCUGAUCAGCUUUUUGAAGGAGAAUGGAUUUGUCAAUAUGUCGUGUAUCAGUAGACCUGGCUGCACAAUCUACAAAGAUAAUUUUAAAAUAGAAAAUAUUUUAGAUCCAGUGUGGCGUGGUUGCGAUUCUUCGUGGCAAAUCUUAGAAGAAAACGGAGAGUUAGAUUCGGUGUUGAAAUUAGUUCAGAAACAUAAAGAUGAAGGAACGUUAGAGCAAUUAGAGCGUCAGUUCAAAAGGGUUAAUGACAAAGUUGGCAAUCACACAAUGUUAUUUGCUCAGAAGUUGUAAAAAGGAACCGUUGCAAUAAGAAACAUAUAAAGGCCUGCGCACACGGCCGGAAAAACCUCUCACCACUACUAGUGUCUCCCUUUUUAGCCGAUAAAAACGCAUGAGAGAGGUUUAAAAAAAUUCAAGUCCCCUUUUUUUUUUACGAGCGAGUAAUAGUUUAUGCCUACCCGUGUAACCACUUUAGAAUGAUAACAAUUUUUUUAAUUAUUCUGUAGUUCUUUUUAAUGGCUUUAUUUUUGUUUAGACAAUAAAUGUUAAAAGGUCAUGGUAACAAGAAUGAUUUGUGCAAAUUGUUUUAUUAUAAAACAACCUAUGAUAACAGUAAAAAGCUUUAGUGAUGAGCUAAAUAGUAAUUUUCGAACAUUAAAACCUCAUUAGCAACCACUUUGUUCAGCUUCAACCUCGUUCCCAGGGCAUUUUGCCUUGUUGAUAAGUCCGUAAUAACGGCUCAGGGGCCACAAGACCCUGGGGAUGAGGUUGGUUCAGCUUCUUUCCUUUCAAUUGAUAAUUCUGUCGCCAUAUUAGAAAUACUAAAGGUUAUUAAUUGGAUUUACUUGUCGAAAUCAUCAGAUGGAAUGUUAUGUUAUAAAGCAAUUCAUAAAUCAUUGAAGAACAAAAUAACUCAAUUAGUAUAAUAAUGGCUGAUGUAGUCAUUGAGAGUGCGCAGUAGCGUUUAUAAAAGAGAAAAAAACAACAACAAACUGUUUCAACAUUCCAGAUUAUUCUAUAUUUUUUCAAACAAUAGGAAACAAAUGUUACAGAUUAGACUUUGUAUAGGACUUCGCGGCGGCACCAAUUGGAACUUCGUGGCCGCAGCAAUUGGAAUUUCGCAGCGGCAGCAAUUUGUGCUUCGUGGCGGCAGCGAUUGGAGUUUCGCGGCGGCAGCAAUUUGUGCUUCGUGCCGGCGACAAUUGGAAUUUCGCGGCGGCAGCAGUUUGUGCUUCGUGGCCGCAACAAUUGGAGUUUCGC